AUGAGUGAUCAGUUGCGUUACAUCGUUGAAGAACUCAAGAAGGAACCAUUUAAUCGAAAGAAUAUCAAUCUUAUUACUUUUGAUGACCAAUCACCCAUUCAAUUACUGCAAGUCUUAAGCGAUGUUUUCGCUGAAAUUUCAGGACAGGGUAAAGUCGAUUUACGUAAUGAAGAACCUGGUGCUACCGUCAAUAGAAUGAUGUCUCUAUUAAGGGUUCUCAAAUAUAAAUUUCCAAAUCCAGAUCCACAAUCCAUGAAAAAUUAUGUCAAUCAGUUAAUCAAAGGAGAUAAAUCAGUCAUUUAUCCAAUCCUUCACUGGGCUUUACAAAAAAUGCCAGAAUUAAAGAAACGCGCAUAUUUAGCUCGUUUCUUAGUAAAAAUUGAAAUUCCGCUAGAAUAUCGUGAUGACCCUGUAAAUGAGAUUUAUGAACAGUAUGAUGAAUUACUGGAUACAUUCAAACAAAAUCAUAAGGCGGUAGAAGAAUUGCGCAAGUCUGUUUUGUCUGUUAGUGAAAUAAAGAAGGAUAUCUCACAUAUGGAGGAAGAAAAAGAUCAGUUAGAGAAAAGAAUUAGAAAAAUGCAAAAGAGGAUCGAAGGGAUUAAAGAUUAUGAAAAAAUGUUGAAUGUAGCACGUGAAUUACGUAAAGCGAAAGAGGAGGAAAGUAAAUAUAGCAGUCAAUACUUGGAUCAAAAUAACCAGCUGCGACAAGCUGAGCAAAAAUUGCAAAGGAUACAACGACAAUUAAAGGACAUGCAACAAGCAGCUGUUGGAAUGACACCCGAAGUCUUAAUAGAUAAAAUUGAAGAAGAAAACCGUGUCAAUUAUUACUUAUGCAAUGAUAAGCUACCCAAGGAAAUUGCGAGUAGUAAAAAGCUCAAAGAAGAUUUAGAAAAAGUUUUAAUAGAGCCAGCGAUGAGCAAAUCGGACUUAGAUGCUAUUAACAAUGAAAUAAGUUCAGUGACUGCCGAAGUAAAUGGGCUAAUUGAGAAAAGAAUGGUUCGCAACGAUCCCAUAGACGAUAAAUUGGCCAUCUUCAGACAACAAGCUUCAAUCAUGUCGGCCAAAAAAGAAGACAUUGCUAACAAAUUACAGAAAGCUAUGGAAAAUUUGUCAUCAUAUGAAAAUGAAUGUAAAAGAAAGUCAGAAUUGUUGAACGGCCUAAAAGCUAGCGGAACAGUCAUGAAGGGAGAUGAAUUUAAAGUCUAUGUCAAUAAAUUACGUGGUAAAAGUAACGUCUACAAGAAAAAGCGCCAAGAUUUAGCGGAGAUUAGAGCUGAACAUGGUGUAUUAGCAAGGACUGAAGAAGUACUGAAGAACCGAAAUGAAAGUAUAGAAUCUGUUAUGACCAAUAUUGAAACUAAGAAAGGAGUCUCAGGAUAUUUUGAUACUCAGGAAGAGUUGGAAAAAGUUUCCUCAAUGAAAAGUGAAAUAGACGACAUUAAGAAUAAGACUUUAAAUGAUAUUUCUGAAAUGGUUCAAAAAUUAAAUAUAACCAUUAACAGGAAGAAAAGCGCUUUAGCUCCUAUUAUUAAAGAACUAAGGCCAUUAAGACAAGAAUGUCAAGAAUUAUCUGUAGAAUAUGAAGAAAAGAAGAACAUAUUCACUAAUGCGUCAGCUUCACUCGAAAGCAAGAACUCCAAAGAGGUUCGUGUAUAUCGAGAAGAAUGUGCCAAUGAAGAAGGACGAUAUCAUUAUUUAAACUGCAUGAUGAAAACUAUUAAGCUUCAACAGCAGCGACUUUCCAGUGAACUAAAAUCUUAUAUUGCCAAUGAAGCAGCGGAGAAAAAGAAGUCACUACGGGAUGUAUAUGGCCGUAAAAUACAGGAACAAGAAAAUCUUGGAAAAGGUUUAAAAGAAAAGCAGAAAUCGGUUAAAGAAGGCUAUUCACUAAAUAUGAAACAGAUGAAAAUGUGGAAGGAUUUGACUCAGUUAAUUGAAUGCAAGCGUCAGUGCGAACCAUCUGCUGCACAAGAGAAUAUAAACAGCGGCUUUAAUAAUGCUGUUAUUAAUGAAACAGCGGAUCAUCUUGUAUUGUAA